CGGGUCGCGGAGCAGAAGCGGCGUCUGCCGGGCGGGCUAGCCCUCGUCUCCCGCCCGCCUUCCUUCCCUCCCUCCCUCCGCGGCCCCGCACCAUGGACCGGGACCGGCAUCGGGAUGCGGACGCGGAGCGGGGCCCGGGCGGUCCCGGCCCCAGCCCCCGCCGGGCGCCCCCGCGCCCCCUCCGCAGCUUCCGUCCCGCGCCGCCGGUUCGAGUCCUGUCUCCGGUCACGCACCUCGCCGCGGGCAUGAGCAACCUGGCGGGGCUGGGCAGUAACUGCGACACCCCCAAGCGAAAGCGUCUGGGAAUGAUCCUCAAGAGCGUGUCGCAGGACUCGGUGUCCUCGGAGGCUUCGGAUGCAGGUGUCGGGCUGGAUUCCCCAACACAAGAGGACCCCGAUGCCCUCGAAGACGUCUUUGAGAAGGCCAUUCAGGAGUCUGGCAAAGUCAUCAAAGACAAAUUCCUCAUGCGGAGAAUCCAUUCCCUGCCGCUGAAGCUCCUGGGCACCAGCCCUGCCCUGAAGAGCAUGUCCAGCCCCCCGACAGCCAGAGAUCGCCGCGCCCUGAUGGAGAACAAGGAGAACGAGGGCGUGUUCAAAAUCCCACUGAGGCCCACGCCCCGUAGCCGGCUGCACACCUCCGAUGGGGCUGGCAGCAGGGACCCCUUUGCACAGAGACCCAACUCCGCCCCGGACCUCAUGUACGGCAGCCCCGAGAAGGAAAAUGUGGCGAUGGAGGCUGAGAGCCCUGUGUGUCUGCGCCGCUCCUCCCUGACCUCCUCCAUGAGUGAUGAAGAGGACGAUGGCUUCAUGGAGAUCCUGGAUGACGAGGAGAUGAAGAGCGAAACCAGCAUCCCUGCGGGGAUGAAGAACCUGCUGAUGGCCCCGCUGGUGAAAAAGGAAGAAGCCGAUCUGGGGUUGGCGAAGCCCAGCAAAUGCCGCCAGCUCUUCCGGUCUCCCUCCAUGCCCAGCAGUGUGAUCAGGCCCAUCCUGAAGCGGCUGGAGCGGCCGCAGGACAAGGACACGCCGGUUAAGACCAAGCGGCGGAAGAGUGUGGCAGGCACCGCCGUCGAGGAGGAGCCGAAAUCCCGGCUGCUGCGCUCCAAGUCUCUCUGCCACAACGAGAUUGAAGAGGUCCUGGACAGCGAUCACCGGGAGCUCAUCGGGGACUUCUCAAAGGCUUACCUCCUGCAGACGGUGGAAGGGAAACACCAGGACCUGAAGUACAUCUCCCCAGAAAUGAUGGUGGCAGUCCUCAAUGGCCAGUUCAACAGCCUCAUCGACAGCUGCGUGAUCGUGGACUGCAGAUACCCGUAUGAGUACGAGGGAGGCCACAUCAAGGGGGCCGUGAACCUGCCGCUGGAGCAGGACGUGGAGGACUUCUUGCUCAAGACGCCCAUCAUGCCGUUCGACGCCUCCAAGAGGGUGAUCGUGAUCUUCCACUGUGAAUUCUCCUCUGAGAGGGGGCCCCGAAUGUGCCGGUUCGUCAGGGAAAAAGACCGCUCUUGCAACGAGUACCCCAGCCUGUACUACCCUGAGCUGUACAUCCUGAAAGGGGGCUACCGUGAGUUCUUCCCCCAGUACCAGACGCACUGUGAACCCCAGAACUACCGCCCCAUGCACCACGAGGACUUCAAGGAGGACCUGCGCAAGUUCCGCCUCAAGAGCCGCACGUGGGCCGGGGAGAAGAGCAGGCGGGAGCUGUACAGCCGCCUCAACUUCUGACCGGGCCGGGGCAGGGGAUGCGGGAGGAGACGGCCGGGCGGACAUCACGGAGAGACUCGCCCCCCGCCCCAGCGCCUGGGGGUCAGCUCCCACCACCAGAGCCCGUGGCUCUGAUGUGCUGUCGGAGACUUCAUGGGCAUCGAGCCUUGUGGAUGCUGCCCUGCCCCACGCCGCAGACCGGAUUCCCCACUCAAUGCUGUGAAACCGCGGCGGUCGGCACCUGGAUCCUCGUUGGUGCUUGAACUGUGAGCCGGAAACCCUCCGUCCAUCCAGGAGCAUCUCCAAACAGCGACUGAUCUACCCUCUGGUGCCUGGGAUGGUCUUUGCCCCACCCGGCAGAGCUGCUUUGUUACCCAGGAAGGAGAAACCCCGGUGCUGUGCAGGCUCCCUGCCCUCGAGACCCUGCUGUAAGCACGUGGGCUGUGUCCUCGGUCACGGCAGGAAGCUGGUGCGGGGGGAGGCCUCUGGGGAUCUUUGCUGUCUUGGGAUGUUUUUGGAAACUGCGUUUUGUGCAAAUCAUGACCAUGAUCCAUAGCUUGGGACAGGAUGAAUGAAUGUCCUUGGCAGGGGGGGAGGGGAGCUGCCUGCAUCUUGGAGUAGAGCAAGGACCCUGGCAUCAGGCCUGUUUUAGAAGUGAGCCGAGUUGUUUUUUGGAGGGUUCAAGCCAAGUUAUGCCCAUUGCUGUUGGGUUCAGCGUGGCCCCAGCCUGCUCCAAAGUGCACAUGAGCCUUUAUAAGGACUUUAAGAGUAACAAAGCAGCCAGUCCACAUGGCAGAGACUAAGCUGAAGUUGUAGCCUGGGCUCCACUUCCUCCUCCUGCACCCCCAGUCUGGAGGGGGCAGGGCCUGGGGGUCAGAGUCAGGCUGGGGCAUUAGGAUCCUUUGUGCAGCUGUAGCUAGGAGCUUGUGUGGACUCGUGUCUGCCUUGGUGGGACUAUCCCAGCUGCUCGCAAAUGGUGCAGAGGGGCCGGAGCAGUAGCUUAACCCCCUGGGGCAUAACCGUUUUCAUACGGCCUCUGCUUGCCGUGGUAUUGGGGUCCCCCUGCACACGGGACCCCCUUUGGGAAGCAGGAAGGUCUGGGCAGAUGCUUCCCAAGGAACAACUCCUUAAUUAACUGUGCUGGGCGCCAGGGUGGGGAAGAGAAGGGCCCGAAGGCAUGAGUGGAGCAGCACGAGCCUCCAUCCAAGCGCCAGAAACACCCCACCGGGGACAAAGCACUUAAACCCAAGUUGCACCCAGGGCAUGAGACCAGAGGCAAUGCCGGGGCCUGAUGCAUCUCUUGCCUGCACUGGCAUAAAUCCAGAGUUAACUGCAUUGGGGUCAGCAACUCUCACAUCCUGACCCCCCCCUUGGGACAUGACCCCUCUAGGUGCACAGGGCCCAGCUCUGCUCAAUAUUUAAAUAUUUGAUUGAAAUGAUUUUUUUAAGUCUGUCUGAGGCCAGGUAGAGAGGUUAUUUCUGGUCCCUCAAGGGUAGGGGUUGGGGGUGGGUAUUGAGGAAGCCCUGGCCUUCCAGUGCAGUGCAUCUGUGUGUGUAAUAACCAAAGGGUGAGUCUGGCCGUGGGUGCAAUAGGAGUGGGUGGAAGUGCAGGGGACCCGUGAGCAGGCUCUUGGCCCGUGGGGCAGGGGCAGGGGCUGGGGGUUUGGAUGUCUGGAUGUUCUGUGUGUGUUUGGGUCAACUGAGCUUUUAAUGGAUGUGGGAGGAAAGAUCGUGGCCCCUGAGGCAAUAAACUGCUGGGUCCAAAACGUG